CAGGGAUAAAUCCGUCUGUAUAGGAGGAGCUGCCUUCCAGACGGAGACAAAGCCCGGCGCGUAUCACAUCAGCUUCUCUGCCACCCACCAACCGUCUUGCACCUUGACUGCAGCAUCCCUACAGUGAAAAUGCUGGACACACUGAACACCCAGUAUGACUCUUUCCUCUUCUGGAAGCUUCCGAUUCCAGAGCUGGACCUCUCUGAACUUGAAUGCUUGGGCCUAGAAGACAUCAAAAGCCACCGAGCCAAGACCUCAGCAGACAAGAAGAAGGAAGAUGGAGAAGAAUAUCUGUCCCAGUACAGCGCCUUCAAUUUCUGGAGGGCUCCCAUUGCCAACAUUGAUGCCUUUGAUUUCGACCUCCUUUAAAAACCUUUGUCCCACCCAUCUGCCUUCUCAGCUUUGGUCAUUUACAACCCAUAUCUAUUCAUUAUUUAAUUUAUUUUUGUUGCAGGACCCCGGUGGUCUUUCUCAUUGUAUUUGAGCAUUUCAUAUGGAUCUUUCAAUAUAUUCAUAAACUCACAGCACUUA